UCUCUCUCUUCUUUCUUUUUUGUAUACUUCAUGGCAAAACACGACGAUUUCAUUGACCACACUCUACUAGUGGAAAUAUUUGGCUUCUUGCCAUCAGAACUCAUUGACGAAUUAUACGAUGCCAUGAACCUCUGCCUUUAUAAUAUCACACAAGGCUUCAUUGUGCAUUUUACUUCACUAUGUCCUGAAAAGGAAGCUGAAAUAAAAGAGGCCAUUCGAAGCUUUGAAUUACGCACAGAACUAGAACUGGACCGUUCAUUUAACAAGUUUCAAGGAUACAUGCUGAAAAGCAUCUUUAGAAUACCCGAAAAACUCGAUAUCAAACCUGCUUAUUUAGAAGACAUCCAGACUAACCUCACACCCGACCACGAGAAAAUAUUGGAUUUACAGCUAACUCAAAUCAGAGAGGAACUGGUCACUCAACUUAAAUUGCAACAUUAUCUGAAUAAUGCGAUACGAGACCUGCAAGAUAAGUCAGACCAAUUGGACGACUGCAUCAAUGUGGUUUCCUUUCUAUCAGAUGCCCCAAAGAAACACAAAGUGGAGGAUCCCGUAUACAGUUUGGAAUGUCUGAAAAUUAAUCUAGAUACUCUAAAAAAAUCUAUCCUCACAACCAUCCCCGAAUUACAGACAAAAUUAAAAACCAUGGAGCCAGAGCAACGGACACUCGAGCUUCGAUCUGCACUACGAACCCAUAUCAACUCAACACUGGGCCAAUUAAAAAAAUAAAUAACCCUUUUUUUUUUUAGGAUACGACUUUAAUAACACCAUCUCGGUCUGCACUAAUGAUUAAGGGAUACGUUGUUUCUGUCACAAGAAUAAUAUCUGUAAUAGCAUCUGUGUGAUUUCUCAUUAAAUAUUG